GCCUCAGCUACAGAACAUUUUGUUCAAUCUGUGAAAAACCCUCCAUCAGAUGAGUUUUUUGAGGAGGUAGAUAGUGAUGAGGAACUUGCAUUACCUGCAGAGAAAAAGCAUCACCGAGGCGAUGCGGAACUUCCAAAGGAGCAAGAGACUCUUUAUCCACCACUUGAUCCCUCUGAUGAUAAAGACCAGAUUUCCAUUCCUACUUUAAACACAAAUGGAUCUGUUCUUGAUUCUGUCGGGCGACUUGUCUCCUCCGUCACAACCAAAAUUCCUGAAUAUCAACGUAUUACUAUUCUAAGUUCGAAUGUAUCCGAAGGAGCUGAUCAUUUGGACUUGCUUCCUCCCAAUGUCGCAAAAGAGCAUGCAGCAAUCACUCAAUCUUCCCCAGCAUCAAGUUGUUUUAACCUCGAGCAAUGCGAAGAAAACACUGAUAAGGAUUCUUCUGAUAAAAAAUCAUGUAAUGGUUGGUUGAUUCAGCCUGCAUACGUAUUUGCUUGUCUAUUUCCACUUAAUUUACUAGAAUUUUAG